GCCAGGAGCCGGCGGGGUCCUUCCGCGCCGCGCGUCGCCGCCGGUGGGUCGUAGGAGUUCGCGUGCCCACCAUGUACUACAAGUUCAACGGCUUCACGCAGCGCCUCGUCGGGGCCGCGGCCUCCACCGCCUACAACCCGCAGGGACUCAAACCAAUAGUUUCCACUGAAUCCCCAGCUCUGGUUUUUGGGACAACAACUAAACUUGCUUCAGAUUUACCAGCAACUGAUUCUUUCUUGGGUAAAAACCAGGUGCCAGACCUACAGAAACUUUUUCAGUCUGACUCGAAAGCAGAUGGGCUGCCUGUACACCUGAAACGAGGAGUUCCAGAUAAGCUGCUUUAUCGGACCACUAUGGCUCUCACAAUAGGCGGGACUAUCUACUGUCUAGUAGCACUGUACAUGGCCUCGCAACCAAGAAGCCAAAAGUAGAUGAACCAUAACUCACAGGACUCAAUUCUUUGAAAGACCUCCUGCAUCUUUCUCUCUUUAUGUGCUUCUUAAUUCUGUGAUCAUUUAAUGUUCAUCUUGUCAGAUCAAAUUUCUUGGAGAAAGAUGUUUCUAAAUCGGUUGCCUUAUGUGUCCUAGAAAUUAAUGUAAACAAUGACUUUAAGUCAUCAUCUUAACUUAUUGGUUGCAGCUCGGCAUUUGUUGUCUUGCAGGAGCGUAUGAAGUUGGAGAAAGCUGAACUUUUUCUUCCUCUCCCCACUCAGCCUCAAUAAUGUUGGAGAUAGGACAGAAGUACUGCUUUCUGGACUAGGCUCCGCAUUCUUUAGGGGGAGCUUGCUGCUAGUUUCCAAAAGAGUAAAAGAAAAUCAUUUAAUUAUUAUGACAUACCAAGAACCUAUUUCUGACAUACACAGCUCAUUUUACAUAAGCAGGUGGCAGUGAAACUUCUCUAAAUGCCGGUAUAUUAUUAAAUACUUGUACCUCUGAUGUUAGGGCAAAUAGCUUAUCCCCUUGGAACAUGUAAACUGGAUUUAUUUCAUGUGAACAUUACGGUAUGCAGAAGUAUUGUAGCAUCAGUUGUACCAGCUUUUGGACUUUUCAUUUGUCAGAUGCUCUCAUGCAGUAAAAAUAAAUACAUGAAUAAUAAAA